AUGGCCUCCUCAGUAACUCCCUCCGUGCCCAAGACACCCGAAUUGGAGCCUGUGUUCCUUAUCAAUUUAAAACUCGGAGGUGAUCCAGCCCCAGUGUUCACAAAUACCGACAGAAACAAGACAUUAUCGUUAGCUUCGGUCGUCGAAGGUAAGAUCUCGACCGUGGAAAACAAAUACGGACUUGAAUUGGAGGUUGAGGGCGUCACCGGCUUUGACGAUAUCACCACCAACCUUAAGGAUGGUUAUAACGAAUUGGACUGUAAGUUGUACGGAAAGACCCCUGAAGGUGCCGGAGUCUACAUCACCUACUACGGUGUAGUCAAGUUGACAGAGACUACGGUGGCUGUCGUCACGGGAAAGAGUGACACCUCGGCCUUCGAAGAUACUUAUGUGACCUGUAACCCUAGAGUGCACUUUGACGGACUGGUUCCAGACAAGUAUAAGUGGGCGAUCCAGGAAAACUUGUACGGAAAAGGCAGAUUUGUGCGUGACAGCAACGGUGUGUUGUACGUGCAAUAUUAUGUUUACGUUGUUCGCUGA